CCAACAGGGGGCAGUAGAGUCUGGAUAAGGACAGAGCUAGCGGCCCCCUACAGGCUUCAUGCACUGGAUCCUCCUCAACCAGAACUACACUUAGAGAGAGAACGACAUCCUCACUGUAACUGAAUGCGUCAUCCUUCUACAAUCUACACCAUAGUGACUGAAUGUGUCAUCCUUCUACAAUCUACACCAUAGUAACUGAAUGUGUCAUCCUUCUACAAUCUACACCAAGGUAACUGAAUGUGUCAUCCUUCUACAAUCUACACCAUAGUGACUGAAUGUGUCAUCCUUCUACAAUCUACACCAUAGUAACUGAAUGUGUCAUCCUUCUACAAUCUACACCAAGGUAACUGAAUGUGUCAUCCUUCUACAAUCUACACCAUAGUGACUGAAUGUGUCAUCCUUCUACAAUCUACACCAUAGUAACUGAAUGUGUCAUCUUUCUACAAUCUACACCAAGGUAACUGAAUGUGUCAUCCUUCUACAAUCUACACCAAGGUAACUGAAUGUGUCAUCCUUCUACAAUCUACACCAUAGUAACUGAAUGUGUCAUCCUUCUACAAUCUACACCAAGGUAACUGAAUGUGUCAUCCUUCUACAAUCUACACCAAGGUAACUGAAUGUGUCAUCCUUCUACAAUCUACACCAUACUAACUGAAUGCUCAGACCGUCAGUCUCCCUGCCAGUACUGCCCCCUGCUCAGACUGUCAGUCUGCCUACUGCCCUCUGCUCAGACCGUCAGUCUGCCUACUGUCCCCUGCUCAGACCAUCAGUCUCCCUGCCAGUACUGCCCCCUGCUCAGACCAUCAGUCUCCCUGCCAGUACUGCCCCCUGCUCAGACUGUCAGUCUGCCUACUGUCCCCUGCUCAGACCAUCAGUCUGCCUACUGUCCCCUGCUCAGACCGUCAGUCUGCCUACUGUCCCCUGCUCAGACCGUCAAUCUGCCUGCCAGUACUGUCCCCUGCUCAGACCAUCAGUCUCCCUGCCAGUACUGCCCCCUGCUCAGACUGUCAGUCUGCCUACUGUCCCCUGAUCAGACUGUCAGUCUGCCUACUGUCCCCUGCUCAGACCGUCAGUCUGCCUACUGUCCCCUGCUCAGACCGUCAGUCUGCCUACUGUCCCCUGCUCAGACCGUCAGUCUGCCUACUGUCCCCUGCUCAGACCGUCAGUCUGCCUACUGUCCCCUGCUCAGACCGUCAGUCUGCCUGCCAGUACUGCCCCCUGCUCAGACUGUCAGUCUGCCUACUGUCCCCUGCUCAGACCGUCAGUCUGCCUGCCAGUACUGUCCCCUGCUCAGACCGUCAGUCUGCCUGCCAGUACUGUCCCCUGCUCAGACCGUCAGUCUGCCUGCCAGUACUGUCCCCUGCUCAGACCGUCAGUCUGCCUGCCAGUACUGUCCCCUGCUCAGACCAUCAGUCUGCCUGCCAGCACUGCCCUCUGCUCAGACUGUCAGUCUGCCUGCCAGUACUGUCCCCUGCUCAGACCGUCAGUCUGCCUACUGUCCCCUGCUCAGACCAUCAGUCUGCCUGCCAGCACUGUCCCCUGCUCAGACCGUCAGUCUGCCUGCCAGUACUGUCCCCUGCUCAGACCGUCAGUCUGCCUGCCAGUACUGUCCCCUGCUCAGACCAUCAGUCUGCCUGCCAGCACUGCCCUCUGCUCAGACCGUCAGUCUGCCUACUGUCCCCUGCUCAGACCGUCAGUCUGCCUACUGCACCCUGCUCAGACCGUCAGUCUGCCUACUGUCCCCUGCUCAGACCGUCAGUCUGCCUGCCAGCACUGCCCUCUGCUCAGACUGUCAGUCUGCCUGCCAGUACUGCACCCUGCUCAGACCGUCAGUCUGCCGGGCCAGUGUACCAACCUCAAAUGGACGGAGUGUGUAGAGACUGGCGACAGUGUUAAGUGCAUAGCAGUCCUGGGUUCAAAACAGUAGGCCUACUUGUUUUUCUUUCAAAUAAUUUUGCACACUGGGGUCAAUGGAGUAGUCCCAAAAGUGUAAGCCCCGACCAUCUGGCACUAUGUGUCAAAUAGGGGGUAUGUCAGCUAAGAGGGUAGGUCAGAAGUUUGGGAGGGGGGUGGAAUGAGUGUUAGCGGUUGAAGCAAUAGCGUCCAGUAGCAUAGUGGUCGGUUGGCUCAUUACAGUUUUUCUCAAUUGUUUACACACAAAUACUGGUACUUGAGACACAAUGACCACAACAUGUAACUCAUGCACCAACCCCCUGAACCAAUUCUGCUAAACUACAAGCACAAGUCCUGCUUUACACUCAAAUUGCAGUUCUAAAACACACUUUUUUCAAAACACUACACACAAUUCUUUGCAUUUGGCACAAUUUUCAUGCAGAAAAUCUCUUGUUUUCACAAUGAACACACUGCCAUUCAAAUAUGCACACUGACUCAUCACAUGGGUAAACACCCAUCACACAGUUUUACAAUUAGCAAUCAGAGCUUUAGCAUAAAAGGGCAACAGGUGAGCUCUUCUGUUUUGGAGCGAUGGAUGCCAACAUUGGAAACAGAGGCAGAGCCAGAGGAGUGAGAGUAAGAGGAGGAGGACGGGGAGGACACGGACGAGGACGAGGAAGGCCAAGGACCGUAAUCUCUGAUGAGAU